ACAAAACCAGGAAAAGUGUCGUCACGCAAGAAAACUAGAACCCACAGAAUACAUUAACAAAACCCCACCCUCUUUUCCUCUCCAACCCAUCCAUCUUUCACUCCCCACCCACACCUUUCCCCAACAAACAACAACCAAAGAAACACAAAAAAUGGAACCUACACAUGAUGUUCAUGAUGAGUUCAUUUUCCGUUCCAAACUCCCCGACAUUUACAUCCCAACGCACCUCCCACUCCACACUUACUGCUUCGAAAACCUGUCCCAAUUCAAACACCGUCCCUGCCUCAUCAACGGCAACACCGGCGAGACAUUCAACUACGCCGCCGUUGAACUCACCGCCCGCAAAGUCGCCGCCGGACUCUACAAGCUCGGCAUCCAACAAGGCGAUGUCAUCCUCCUCCUCCUCCAGAACUGCCCCCAAUUCGUCUUCGCAUUCCUCGGAGCCUCGUACCUCGGCGCCGUCGUCACCACGGCCAACCCGUUCUACACUCCGGCGGAGGUGGCAAAACAGGCGACGGCGUCGAACUCCAAGCUGAUCAUAACACAAUCGUCCUACGUCGACAAAGUUAAGGAUUUCGCGAGAGACAAUGAAAUCAAAGUGGUGUGCAUUGACUCGCCGCCGGAAGGUUACUUGCACUUCUCGGAGUUGACGGAGGCCGACGAGGGUGAAAUCCCCGCCGUGAAAAUAUCACCAGACGACGUCAUCGCGCUGCCGUAUUCGUCUGGGACGACGGGGCUUCCGAAGGGGGUGAUGCUAACACACAAAGGGUUAGUUACGAGCGUGGCGCAACAGGUUGACGGAGAGAACCCUAAUCUGUAUUUUAACAGCGAGGAUGUGGUUAUUUGCGUGCUGCCACUUUUCCACAUUUAUUCUCUUAACUCUGUUUUGUUGUGUGGGCUUCGAGUUGGAGCUUCGAUUUUAAUCAUGCAGAAAUUCGAGAUCAUUACGCUGCUGGAGUUGGUUGAGAAACACAAGGUCACCAUUGCGCCGUUUGUGCCUCCCAUAGUUUUGGCGAUUGCCAAGAGUCCUGACAUCGACCGAUACGACCUGUCGUCCAUUCGGAUGGUUAUGUCUGGUGCCGCACCCAUGGGAAAGGAACUUGAGGAUGCUGUGAGGGCCAAGCUUCCCAACGCUACACUCGGACAGGGUUACGGGAUGACAGAGGCAGGACCAGUGCUAGCAAUGUGCUUAGCGUUUGCGAAGGAACCAUUGGAGGUGAAAUCAGGUGCGUGCGGGACCGUGGUAAGAAAUGCGGAGAUGAAGAUCGUUGACCCUGAGACUGGCGCUUCGCUUCCGAGGAAUCAAGCCGGUGAGAUUUGCAUUAGAGGCAACCAGAUCAUGAAAGGUUACCUAAACGACCCAGAGGCCACAGAAAGAACUGUAGACAAAGGGGGAUGGUUGCACACGGGUGAUAUUGGUUAUAUCGAUAAUAAUGAUGAACUUUUCAUCGUUGAUCGGUUAAAGGAGUUGAUCAAAUACAAAGGAUUUCAAGUAGCUCCAGCUGAGCUCGAAGCCAUGCUGAUUGCUCACCCAAACAUUUCUGAUGCUGCUGUUGUAUCCAUGAAAGAUGAGGUUGCCGGAGAGGUUCCGGUUGCAUUUGUUGUACGAUCAAACGGUUCUAAAGUCUCAGAGGAUGAAAUCAAGCAAUACAUCUCAAAGCAGCAAGAUGCAUAGCUUUGUGUGCAAGUGACGUGUGCUAAGAAAUUUAGAAAAUUCAUGCAGUGUUAGACGACCUCAAGCAGGAAUAACUUGGAAAAUUAAUAAAGUGGUCUGCUACAUUUCUACUUUAAUUUUGUCCCUGCUUUGUUUAUUUAUAUUUUGAUAGGGUUUUAUAAUUUGAGAAUUGAAAUCUUAUUAUGUUGUAGAGACAAAAAGCAUAUGUGACUCAUAUGUUAAAAAAAAUUAUGUGUAAGACUCAUAUCAGCACAAAAAUCAAAGAGUGUAUAGAAAGAGUUCAAUUCUGAUAUUGAACGAGAAUUAUAAAACCCGUUUUGAUAUUGCUAUGAAUAUUUCCAUGGGUGUCUUUUUUUUCUAGUGUGCUGCACCACUUUUUCU